AUGUCUCGCCGUCAUCGCACUCCAAAGGAUUUCGAAGAAAGUACUACCGUAGUUAAAUCGAAGAAAUUGCAUGGUGAUGUUGUGAUUGAUAACAUAGUUGAUAUUGUUUGUGAUGGGAAGAAGUUCAAGUGCCGCAUCUUGGGUCUGUCUGAUGAUCCUGCCGAGUUGAUCGCAUUGGAUGAACAGUUUUGGAAGAAUGGUGGACUUGAUGGUAAAUCAGACACAUCAGAAUUGCAAUCUACCGAGAAGCUUGUAGACCAAACAGGUGACAUGGAAGAUGACGUUGAUGAACCACCACAGCCACCUCCAAAGAGACCCAGAAAAGGAGCGGAAAGUAUCCAGACUUCCAACCCCGAUGACAGCAUCCAAGAAUUUGUUGAUCAAACCAUUGGCACUCUGCUGGACAACACGGCGGUUUAUCCUCGUAGUGACUGCAAAUGCAAUCAACUAGAGGUUAUUGUAGCCAGACAACAGAAGUUUUGCGAGGAGCUAAUUGUAAGGCAGGAAACUAUGUACAUGGAGAUGAUAGCCAGACAAGAAAAGUAG